AUGAUGGGCGCUUGCAUGAGUGCGAGCUCCGAGGAGUCGGAACAGAAGAAACGGAGUCAAAAGAUUGAUAAGGAUCUCGAGGAAGAUUCAAAGAGAUUGAGGCGAGAAUGCAAGAUUCUACUGCUUGGUUCUGGGGAGAGUGGCAAGUCCACAAUCGUCAAGCAGAUGAAGAUUAUACAUCUGAAAGGCUACUCAGACGACGAACUUUACAACUAUCGACCGACGGUGUUCAAGAACUUGAUUGAAUGUGCGAAAGCCGUGAUUACUGCCAUGCGGCAAUUCGACAUAGAACCACAACUGGAAGGGAACAAGGAACUUUGCGACUAUCUGCUGGACUACACGGUCGAGUCGGGACCACAGGCAGAGAUAGAUCCCAAAGUCGGUCAAGCUGUGCAGUCAAUAUGGAAUGACCCUGCAAGAGAACAGUUGAUGGACAGGCAAACCGAGUUUUACCUGAUGGAUUCGGCAGAAUACUUCUUCCAAGAGGUUAUGAGGAUUGUCUCUCCCGACUACCUGCCCAAUGAGAUGGAUGUUCUUCGUGCAAGAACAAAAACGACAGGCAUAUACGAGACACGCUUUCAGAUGGGCCAACUAAGCAUACACAUGUUUGAUGUAGGAGGCCAGAGGAGUGAGCGUAAGAAGUGGAUUCACUGCUUCGAGAACGUGACAUCCAUCAUCUUUUGCGUUGCGCUGAGUGAAUAUGAUCAAGUCUUGCUUGAAGAAAGCAGUCAAAACCGCAUGAUGGAAAGCUUACUGCUUUUCGAUUCCGUGGUAAACUCGAGGUGGUUCAUGAGGACCAGUAUCAUCUUGUUCCUCAACAAGGUGGAUAUCUUCAAGCAGAAACUUGGUCGAUCGCCUCUCGGCAACUACUUUCCCGAUUACUCUGGAGGUAACGAUGUCAACAAGGCAGCCAAAUACUUACUGUGGCGUUUCAACCAAGUUAACAGGGCUCAUCUGAACCUAUAUCCUCAUCUUACGCAAGCUACCGACACCUCAAAUAUUCGACUUGUCUUUGCGGCAGUGAAAGAGACUAUACUCAACAAUGCCCUGAAGGACUCGGGUAUUCUGUAA